CUAAGCAGCUCAACCCGCCUUACUUUUUGAGCGAUUUGAGCUCAAGAAUCUGUUAGAUUGUAUCAGAGGCUACUCUUUAUCAAAGAGGGUAUACAGUCUUUUAUGGCAAGCAUGGACGUCGAAGUAAUCUUCCCAGAUAUUUGUGGAGCCUUUUACAAAGGUAAACUGAUUGACAUGGACUCUGAUGGAGGAAAAUGUCUAGUGUCGUUCGAAGAAGAUUGGAAGCCCAACAGCUGGGUUGAGCUCAAGCAUGUUAGAUUCCCGCCUUCUCCUCCUAAGAAAGACGUGGAGUUGAAUACAGGAACUAAAAUAGAGGCGUUCUUGCCAUUCCAGGAAGGAGAGCCUUGUGGCUGGUGGCUAGCAACCGUGACCAAGACCAAAGGAGAGGUGGCAGGGAUUCAGUUUCAGUCUGGAGACAAGCACUUUACUGAUCUAGUGGAACGACAGUCCCUGAGAGCACCUAAUGAAAACCCUCCCUUGGAAGCCAUUCAGUUUUAUCAGAAAGAGUUCACAGUCCCAGAUGACAUACAAGACUAUUGUCAAGAGGCUAAGGUGCACAAUAAUUUCCGGAGUAAAGUUGGAGCCAUUAGUGUUACUUAUAAUACUGACAAGAAGUCACUAGUGGUAAUUUGUGAUAAUCAAGCAUCAUUAGAGAAAGCUGAACUAUUGAUUGACAUGCACCUCAGUGACAUGUCAACCCAAGCAUCUCUUCGUAGCAAAGCAGAGAAAGCAGCACAAAGACUUCACGGGGCUUCCCAGCCAGUCCUAGAGAACAGCAGUGGUUUGUAUGAAGACAAGUUUCACAUAUUUCCCGAGUGUAUUGGGUUUGCCAUGGGACGUCAGGGAUGGAAUGUGAAUCAGGCCCGACAGAUACCAGGGAUCAUAUCAAUUGAUUUUGAUGAUUUUGGAUCAGUGUUCACUGUCAGAGCUGAAACUAAAGAGGCAGCAAUGGAGGCUCGGAGUCUGUUAGAAUUCACUCGUAGUAUAAUGCACGUUCCAAGGGAUCUUGCUGGGAAGGUUAUAGGAAGAGGUGGUAACGUCAUUCAACAGAUACUGGAGAAAUCUCGUCUGAAUAAUAUCAAAGUGAUUGGAGACGAAGAGGCUCAAGAGAGAAGGAUCAAUACUAAAGGAGAGGUUCCAUUUGAGCUGCUUGGCAGAAAGAAAGCAAUUGAAAAUGCUACACUGAUGCUUGAGUACCACCUUGAUCACUUAAGGGAGGUCAAUAACAUCCUUCAGGACAGGGAGCAAAUCACACAGCAGCUUCGUGACAGUGGCCUUGAUGACACGCCCACUUAUUUCCCACGUCCCAAUCCACCACGUGGGUGGAGUGGAGGAUUUGGAAGAGGAGGAGGAGGAAAUAGCGGAGGAGGAGGAGGAAGAAGAGGAGGGAGGAGUGGGGGUAGAGGAGGAGGACGAAGACGAAGACCCAGGCAAGGGAGAGCUUCACAAGAUGAACGACAGAACGAGGAGGAGGAAGAGGAGGAGGAGAGAGAGGAAGGAGUGCCCCCGCAGGAUCAAUCAGAUGAAUCAGAAUCAUCAAACGAUGAGAAGCAAGACGAAGAGAGAGAAGAAGAGGAAGCUGAACAGCAAAAAGCUGAGAGCCAUUCUGAAGAAGAAAAGGAACCCACGGAUAGGAGACGUAGGCGAGGAGGAGGAGGAGGAGGAGGAGGGAGGAGACGUUACAGAGGGAGAGGACGAGGAGGAAGCUACAGGAAUAGGUACACCAAUAACGAAGAGGAUACACCUAUACAAUCAGAGGAUUGGGCAGGGCCUGAGGAAACCCCACCCACAGAUCAAGCCACUCCCACUAAUAGCACAUGAUGAUUAUUUAUGCACACGAUAUAUAGACAAACUUCAAUAGGACAUACAGUAGUAGUGACAGUGCAUGUUUUUACUUAUAAUAAACCAACAGGCAAUCUCUUCUCACUGCAUUUUAGGGAGCAUAAAGUACAUACAUUAUUAUGUGUAGGACUCAUAGCUAAUAAUACAUUCCUUUUUUGUUUUUGAAUAUUUUUGAUCUUGUAUCUUGUUUUUUGUUAUUGUAUCUUUAUUUUUGCAUUGUUGUUAUUAUUAUUAUUAUUAUCAUUAUUAUUAUUAUUAUCAUAGAUUAAAGCAGGUUAAUGAGGUUGUUUUAUUUUGUACAUGUGUAUCUUCUUUAUAAUUUUAAAGAAAAAAAAGUAGUCGAACCCGGAACCCCACAAGGAAA